AUGAAGGCGCAGGAUAAGCUCGAGGCGCGGGAGGCGUCAUCAAGAAGGUACAAGGAAGCCGUUAAGGCAUUGAAGGCAAGACUCCGAGACCUGGAGGCGAAAUGUGCGUGUCAGAAGCAAAAAUGUAGCACGCUGGCCGCCGAGCUGGAUGAGGCUAAGGCUUCCAUUCAAAUUGCGGGUAUGGGGUCCCAUACCGCCGACGGGGAACUCCAAAUGAAAGCCCUGAUCAAGAGAAGGGAGCUUGAACUCGAGGAAGCCAACUUGGAAAUUCAGCGGAAAGACAGGGCGCUGGAGAGCAGCGCAGAGGAUCUCAAAAGAAAGGAAAGAAAACUGCAAGAGGCGACAAGUCGCGCAGAUUCGUCGGAGCAGCGCGCGACCCAACUGGCGAGUCGGCUCAUUGACACGGAGAGAAGGUUCAGGGAUGCCAUGAUGCGGUGCGAUGAUGCAGACGGCAGACUGCGCCGGGCGGAGGACGAAUUGGAGAAGGCCAGGAAGGGUGAAGAGGAUGCCCAACACACACUGUCUGUCGCGGAGAAGGACGAGAAGGAAGUCGCGAAGCGCUGCAAGGCUCUCGAGGGGAAGCUGCUGUCCGCGGAGAGGAGGGCUGAGGAGGAGGGGAGGAGAUACGCGUCCUUAGAGAGGAAGCACGAGGAUGCGUGCGCCAGCCUUGAGGGGCAGAGCCUGCAGGUCGAGCGCCUGGAGCGCCAGGCGGAGAAGGCAGAAAGGCGGGCUGCCGAACUCGAGGAGGCGCUCGCGGAGGAAUGCAGGAGGGGCAAGCAGAGGGAGGGGCAGGCGGCUGAGAACGAGUGGAGGGCACGGGAGGCAGAGAAUUGGAUGUCACAGGUCGAACAACGCGCCAAAGACGCGGAGUCGAGGGUGGCCGACGGUGAACAAAGGCUGAAAGCAGCGGAGGCGCGCAGCAGGCAGGCCGAGUCCCGUUCCAUGGAGGCCGAGCGUCGCGCGGCGGAGGGAGACGCCCGAGCGGCGGCUCUGGAGCGCCGUCUCAGGGAAGCGGAGUCGCGAGCGGAGGAGGCGGGCAGAAUGUGCUGCGAGGCAGAGCGGCAGGCACUGGAGGCGCGUAACCUGGCCAGGACUGCGGAAGCCGCAAUGCAGGAGGGAUCAUCUGAGGCCCGGAGGCGGCAAGAGGCUCAGGAACUCUAUGAGCUCAGACUGGAGGUACAGAAUCUGAGAGCCUGCAAGCGACAUGCCGAGAAUCGCGCAGAGAAUCUUGCGGCGGCGCUGCAGCAAGGACAGGCCACUUGGGCAGCUAUGAAGCAGCAAAUCGGGACGCAGGGCAGCCACCUUGAGGCGAGAGUGCACACAUUAGAAGAGGCACUGGCAUCGAGGGACAGGGCAAUUCUGCAGCUCCGGGACGCAGUAGAGCAGGCGGAGAUCAGGGAACGACAGGGCGACAGGUCCCUGCGCGAGGAGCUGAGGAGAAAGACGUCCAGCCUCCUGGACGCCCAGAGGCGGCUGCAGGAGUUGGAGGGCCUCAUCCGGCGCAUGGCCGCCCGCUCUGGCGUUCCCAACCUCCAGCUGCACAACAAGGCGGGAUCGGCCUGGACGGCCGUUUAG